CCGGUGCUGCCGUCCGUGCGUGCGUGCGUGCUCCUCCCCCGAGCCCGUCGCGCACCGGUGCUGCCGUCGUUAGCUGCGGGGGUGCGUAAAUGGUCACGGCGCUGCGCGUAGUUCUGUGUAAGCGGCUCUUCUUUUUGUCGCGAUCGCGACACCAACGCGUGUCAAAACUCUGUUCUGCCCCGCGCAGGUCUGUGAAAAACCUAGAUUGCCAAAAUGAAUAAAGAUGCCCAGAUGAGAGCAACCAUUAACCAAAAGCUAAUAGAAACAGGAGAGCGAGAACGCCUUAAAGAGUUGCUGAGAGCCAAAUUAAUUGAAUGCGGCUGGAAGGAUCAGUUGAAGGCACAUUGCAAAGAUGUCAUUAAAGAAAAAGGAUUAGAGCACGUUACUGUUGAUGAUUUGGUGGCAGAAAUCACUCCUAAAGGCAGAGCCUUGGUACCUGACAGUGUAAAGAAGGAACUCUUGCAAAGAAUCAGAACCUUCCUUGCCCAGCAUGCCAGUCUUUAACUUCGAUAUUCGUCUGGGAUACUGUGUUGCUUCUGUAUUAUGUCAAUCAUGUCAGGAUUUGAAUGCAGUUUACAUACUUAAGGAUGGAAAAUCUUUUUUUUUUUUUUUUUUUGUAUGAUGAGUUGAAGUUUCUUUACACUGCAUCGAUUUCUUAAACUUGGUGUUAUUUUAAUAAAAAAUUUUGUGGACUUGUG